AUGGUGAACCACCGCGCCGCCGCCGCCGCCCUCCUCCUGAUCGCGUCCCUCUUCGUGGCGGUCGCCAUCUCCGGGGCCGACGCGAGGCCCACCGUGCAUCCCAACAAGAUGGCGGCGCUCCGCCGCGAUGCGCAUGGACGAGGUUACGUGGCGGAUGCUGCGGCGCCGCCAGAGCUGGAGCAGGAGCCGACCUGCGACCACUGUGAGAAGCCGGAGCCGGAGAAGCCAAAGCCAGAGCCGGAGCCAAAGCUGGAGCUGACCUGCAACAAGGUGCACGGGGUGAAGACGGGCGAGACGUGCUGUUCCGUGAGGGAGGGCGCGGGGGUGACUGAGGACCAGUUCCUCGGCUUCAACCCCAACCUCUGCUGCGAGAAGCUCUUCGUCGGCCAGUGGAUCUGCCUUGAAGCCACAUCCAGUUGUCAAGACUGA